UCAAAAGAAACUUUCUUCUCUCUAAAACGCAUUCUGCAAUCUUUUUAUUGUACGAACAUGGGGCUUCGCCAGCUUCUUAAAAGAAACCAAGGAGUUUCGGCCGUUCCCAAGGGCUAUUGUGCAGUUUAUGUUGGAGAAAGCCAAAAGAAGCGGUUUGUGAUCCCAAUAAGUUACUUGAAUCAGCCAUGUUUUCAAGAGUUGCUUUGUCAAGCUGAGGAAGAAUUCGGUUACUAUCAUCCUAUGGGUGGUCUUACUAUCCAUUGCAGAGACGACAUCUUCACUGAUCUUAUCUCUCGCUUGAAUGAUCUAUGAGAGAUGUAGUAACAUGAAUAGUAUACAAUCAAUCUUGUAGAAUAGGGAUAUUAGAUAUAACCAAAACCAUGUACAUUUUUUCAUUUCCUCAUUUUUUUUGUUUCCUUCGGUAGGGAGAAAGAAUGUUUCCCUGCAUAAGGAAGUUACCAAUGAUGGAAAUGAAAUGGCGACAACUUUACUAGAAA